AUGGACGGAUUCGAAUGGCUUAAUAUCCCUAGACAAUCUGAAACAAGUGGGUCAAGUACUUCUCCAGCACCUCCACAGGUAUCAUUUGGAUUCACAUCGGAUUUGGAUUUAUCUUCUGCACAAUCACUGCAUGCUGUUGUGUUCCGAAGUUCUUCAUCCGAUAGAAUCAAUAGAGGAGCUGAUUCAUAUAGAACAACUCCAUCUGCAUCAUCAAAUAUGCUGGUUGAAUCAAUUGAUGAUGAAUCUAUCCCCUUGAGUUUAACAGCUCAGGAAAUGUCUCUUCAAGAAGCAAAAACUUAUAUGAGAUGGUAUAGUGAUAUUCUUACCCGAACAAAUAGUCGUACAAUCACUCUUAUUGAUGUUUAUUCAUUUUUAGUGAACUUUAGAAUCCCGGACUCUCGGAAAGAGAAAAUAUCUCGAUUGUUUCAAAAGCAUUCCCUGUCGAUUAAUAUUGGUCAGUUCUUUGCAUUGCUAAGAGUCAUUAGUCAUGUAUUAUUAGGAAGGGAACCUUCCAGACGUCUUAUAAAGGUAAUGGCUCCGGUGCCUACUCCACCGUCUAUACUCUCCAAAAAGAGAACAAAUGAUGAUUAUAGGGAUGAUGACUAUCGUUAUGAUGAUACAGAUGAGCAAAUAAUGAAUGAGUCUCUGAACUCCUCUUUAGAACCCAACAAGCCUUUAGAUCUUGAUGGGUUCACUCAAUUCAUGUUAACUGGAGAACGUCCUGAUGAAAAGGUUUCUAUUAAAAAAAGAUCCAAAAAAUUGAAAUCAGUCAAGUUUAGUGACCAAAUUAUUAGUGACAUACAUCAAGAAUCCUCAAGUAGGGCAUAUUCCCCUAAUAUUACUUCGGAGCUCGAUUAUUCAUUACCAAUGGAUCAACUCUUAGAACAAGUGAAGAAACAACAACUGCAACAAAAACCAGAUGCAGAAGAACAAGAAGUUCUUCAAGAAGUUGAAUCACAUAUGGGUCAUUUCAAGAACUUGCAUAUUGUUGACACCAUGUCGGUGAAUGGUGUCCCUGCAAGUCUCGAGGUUAAUAGACCGUUAAGGCCUAAUAGAACAGGACCUAAUGAGAUGGCCCAACUAUUAACUGAACCUAAUUCUAUUGCUGAAUCUCCCACCAAGCAACAAUUUCUUAAACCUAACAUGACAGGCCCAGCUCAAAUGGAACAAUAUUUACAUGGACGAGAGAAUGACUCCAACACGGACUUUUCAAACUAUUUUACUACUUCGGUGAGCAAUAAUGAUAACCCUAUUAUCCAUAAUAAUAGUGUUAAUAUCAGCAAUAAUGACGAAAUAAUAUUUCCUGGUCUGAGCACAACACCAAAAAUAUCUUUGCUGUCAUUUACAACUCAAAUGACAGGAGAUACUUUUAACAAUACAGUACAAAAUUCCCAUGUUGCUGAUAGCACAAUGAAUGGAUCCAAUAGGCCAAAUUUAAGCAAUCAUUUAAGCUUUUUAAAUACCCAAAGAACAAAUCAUGCUUCGCCUUCACCUACAAGAAAUGGAUUAACACCACCACCGCCAGUUCCUUCUCGGAGAGCCAGGUCAGCCUCCACACCUUUAACAAGUAGCAAUUUUUCAAGUUUUGAUACGGGCAUGAAUGGAAAUGGUGCGAAUGUCAAUACUUUGCAAGGAGUUCAAAUCCCACUGGAUCCAAACCAGAAUGAUCGUGCCACAUUAUUAAAGGGCACUACUAUCAAUUCCAAUUUAAAUGUUGGACGGCCUGUUCCACCACCUCCACAACUUGGGGCUACAAUAUUUAGUGGAUCACAUACUAAUGGAAAUCCUUCGACUACUACCACCACUGGUAGGCAAGUGCCUCCACCUCCACCACCCUCGAGACGACGGGUAUCCAAUGCACAAUCUCCUACACCACCACCACUUCCGCCAAAAGUUCCUACUAAUAAUUUUACCCUGUCACCUACGUUUGGACAGCCCUCCAAUAACUCGACUGACUCGGGUUUUAACGGUCAGAACACUCAAACACCAGCACAACUGUCAAUAUACAACCCCAAUCAUUCGAAUGACAGCACCACAGAGAUUCUCGACGAUCUAAAAGCAUUACAAGAAGAAGUCGAUAAGAUUCGGUAUAUGACAGGAGGGUUUUAA